UCAGGUCUGAAAUGGUUGUCGAAAAAGAUAUCUCGUCUUCGGACGUCAAAGAGUUCAUCAAGAAACUCAAUAUCACCAAAGUGAAAACAUCGUCUGUCAAGGAGCCGAAAAUAUCCGUGCCGAAAUCCCAGAAACGAAAAUUAAAUGCUCAGCAUUUAAUCGAAGAGGUAGAUGAGUCGAACAUGAUAGUUAAAAAACCAAUGAAAGUGAAAAAUACCGAAUAUUGGAAUGAUUCCAAAUCGACAAAUAAUGGCCGCGUGUUAUUAAAGAGUUACGAGUCUUGGUUCACAAUUCUAUCAGCUGAUUUUGAUACAAUGUGUUCUACGACAGGAAAUUUACCCGAGGAAAUCUUGAUUGCUAUUGAAGCUUACGUAGAGAAAGUUUUUGCGAUGGAAGCUGAGCUCUAUGCUUCGUUCAAAGCGGAUUGGAAAAAUGAUCUUUUAACUUCAGGAACUAAAAAAGAUCAAAUAAAUGCUAAUUCUUCAUUAAUCCAGGCUUCGCCAAUUCAUAGGUUAGAUCAACUCGAUUCGUUGAUAGAUUCAAUCAAAAAAGGGAAACUAAGAAAAGGAGUUGCUGAAAAAAGUAGUAAAAGUUCGGAUAACUUUUCCCGAGAGCAAGUUCUAUCGGCUAUUGAAGCCUUGGAAAAACUCUGGACUACAAUUCUGCUUCCGGAUCGCGAUUUUAUUCCAUUUGAGAAACGACCCGUAACCGAGGUUCAGUCGAUGGCCCAAAAUGAUCCAGUAGCGAGAAAUAAAAUUCUGAUAAUUUGGUAUUUUGAGAGUCAACUAGAGCAGAGAUUCAAGACUUACGUGAACAAUUUGAAUUUCUGUCUGCACGACACAGUCGAGAAAAUACGAGAGCGAGCUAUUCGGUCUAUUCUGAUUUUGCUGUCAACUAAACCCCACUUGGAUAAAAGUGACGGCAGUUUGAAUCUACUUGGAAUGAUGAUCGAUAAAACAGGAGAUCCUAAUAGACCUGUAGCUUCCUAUGCGUCGCAUUGUGCUGCUUCUUUACUCUUCAAAAGCGCUACCUGGAAGGAACCACUGAUAAUAGAAGCUGAAAACGUGAUAUUUAAACUGCAAAAUAAAAGUUCAUCCAAAGAAAAUUCAAAAGCGAGUUUCUCGAAUGCAAUGCAUUACUGUGUAUGUUUUUUGAACCAAAUUGUGCUUUCGAAAGAAGAGCAUAAAAUUGCGGAAAGGUUGAUGUUCAUAUACUUGAGCUUAUUCAAAGUUGUAUCGAAUAAAUUCGACUUUUUGGCUGAAAAAAGCGAUAAAAGUGACAAACAAACUGCGAAUAAUCAGCAAGAAAUGAGGAUUUUAACGAAUAUCUUAACCGGAAUUCAUCGAGCUAUGCCUUAUUGUAAAUCAGAUGAAAACGCAAAAUUAAUGGAUCAAAUUCAUCUGUUUUACAGAAUUGUGCAUACCAAGAAAAUCAAUACGAGUAUUCAAGCGUUGAUGAUAUUGCUAGAAAUGGCUUCAGUUGACCCCUCUCUAAAUGACAGAUUUUACUCUGCAUUUUAUAGAAAACUGUUGGAACCAGGUUUGGCUCAAAGUCACAAUCUCUCGCUGUUAUUCAACCUUAUUUUUAAAACGAUGAAAAGAGAUAAACGCAAACAGCGACAAUCCGCUUUCAAAAAACGCCUGCUACAAUUAGGUUUGACAAGUAACCCGCCUUUUACAUGCGCGUUGCUGUGCCUUCUUAGUCAGUUUGUCGAAAAACCGAAAGUCAAAUCAAAAACCGAUAAUGAGUCAUCGGUUAAAAACAGCUCGAAGAAAAAUCAAAAUAAGACAUUUGAGGCUGCUGAAAAAAUCGACCUCAAUGAUUCAGAUGAUGAUGAGUACUUUGAAGAUAUAGACGAAGAAGGGAAAGAGAGAAAUCCAAGUGAGAAAAUGAGUACGUCUAAAAACAGCGCCUCAAAGGCCGCGUUUCCAGAAGAAACAAUGAGCAUGGUUAGUGAGUUUUCACAUGGAGGAGACCUAGUUUUGGGUCAGACGUACAAGCCCAGGGCUAUGAACCCAACCUACGCAGGAGCUGAAAAAUGUCCCGAAUGGGAUUACUCAUUGCUGGGCAAGCAUUACCACCCAUCUGUUUUGAAAUUCACAAAUGAUGUGCUAAACGGAACGCUAAUAGAGUACGCAGGAGAUCCGUUAGUUGACUUUUCGGGGUCAAAGUUCAUUGAACGCUUCAUGGGCAAGAAGGUCAAAAACGUAGAAGAAAAGAAACCUGCUUCGCCGAUGGCGCCGAAAACUAAACAGUUUAUGCCUGGAGUGAAACAGUUGCUAACCGCAACUCAAGGUCCUGAUCUAAGUUAUAUGGAAACAUACAAUAAACUGUGCAAAGACUUGAAAGCGAGUUCAAAAUCGACAGGAAAAGUUGAAGAUAAUGGUCCUCAAGAUGUCGAGGAUUUGGAUUCGGACGAUCAAGAUUUCGACCAGUUUCUGGACGCAUUGGACGAGGAGCAGUUCAAAGCAGCUUCAGGUGGUGCUGAAAUUGAACUUUAUCACGAUGAAGAUGAUGAAGAUGACCUCAUUUCUGAAGACGAAGAUUUAGACCUUGACGAGGAUGAAGAAGAUGAAAAUAUUGUGAAUGAUGACAGUGACUUGGAAAACAUUCAGUCUGAUGAUGAUCUGUUUCUGUAAAUGGACAAAUAAUUGAUUAAUUUAUUGAAAACAAAAACAAAAUUAACCAUUUUUGCAA